AUGACUCCUCCCCCGCCACUCAUCAUAACCACCGAUUUGGAUAAUAACAACAAUGAUUCCAAUCCCAAUACCAACACUCCUCCCGCUCUCGCACCUCCCAUAGACGUAGAUCAAGAUCCCACCACGCCACCUCGAGGUAGAAGUGGUAGUGCUCCUAUCAGCGAUCCUUCCCAUCUUUCCCCAUCUCGCAGUCAUCUUCAUCCCAAUCAAAAUACUCAUUCACCCACCCCAUCAUGGUCAUCAGGAACCAUACCGCCUUCACCGACUCUCACCAACUCGUCCGUGCAUUUCUCAGAAGAGGCGGUCACACCUACUUCACCCGUACCUCGAACCUCACUCGCUUUGAGGGAUAAUGACCCAACUGCCGAUUCGGGUAUGGAAACACUAAAGGUCAUUGGGGAGAAUGAUCCUCAAAGACAUAAUAGAGGUUGGUCAAUCGGGACUUGGUCGUCGGAAGCUGGGACCGAACAAGAUCAUUCCAACUUCGCCCCUGGUAAAGCACCAAGCAAGGACAAGGAUGCGUUGAGUAGGAUAACCACCGGUACGACCGCUCACACAAAAUCCGCUGAGAAAUCCAAAGAUAAGAAGGAAAAGAAGAAGAAGAGUAAAAAAAGUAAAAAGGAUGAGGACGGUGAAGGAGAAGAGGAAGAAGAAAACAAACCUCAGGCCGCUCAUAUAGAUCCUGAUAAGGAUACCACGGACCCUACGCCGUUCAGAGAGAAACCUUCUCGUUUAGCCAUGCUGGUUGACCCCAAGUCCCUGGAUGAUCUAGAAAAGAUCGGUGGUGUCGAGGGUCUCUUAUCCGGUCUAGGAGUAGAUGGUAAAACAGGUUUGCGAGUCGGGACGAACGAAGGUGCAACCGAAACUGGUGCGCCCAGAACUUCCUCGGAGAUGCCGGGUGGUAAUGAACCUCAAUGGCAUACCAGUAUGGACGAUAGAAGACGUAUAUACGGGAGAAACGAGUUGCCUGAACGUAAAAGCAAAAGUUUAUUAUUGCUUAUGUGGAUAGCUUUCAAGGACAAAGUCUUGAUAUUAUUGUCUAUCGCCGCUGUUGUAUCUCUUGCUCUGGGUUUAUAUCAAGAUCUCGGUACUCCACCAGAAAUCAUCUUCAAUGAUGAGUGUCCUGCCCCGGUGGGAUGUGAGGAACCUCAAGUGGAUUGGGUAGAAGGUGUAGCUAUCGUUAUUGCAAUCAUCAUCGUCGUUAUGGUCGGGUCCGUCAACGAUUGGCAAAAAGAAAGACAAUUCAAGAAACUCAACGCCCAACGUGAAGAUAGGACCGUCAAAUGUAUAAGAGGUGGUAACGAGAUGGUUGUCAAUACCAAAGACUUGGUAGUUGGUGAUAUUUGUUUAUUGGAACCCGGAGAAAUAUUACCUGUCGAUGGUGUCUUCCUUCGAGGUCAUAAUGUAAGAUGUGACGAAUCUGGUGCGACUGGUGAAUCCGAUGCUAUCAAGAAAUUCUCCUAUCAAGAAUGUAUAGAAGAGAGAAAUGCUGCUCAACCGGGUGAUAAGUUAAAGAAAGAUUGUUUCCUCAUUUCCGGUGCCAAAGUACUGGAAGGUGUAGGAGAAUAUGUCGUGAUUUCAGUCGGAACCAAUUCUUUUAACGGUCGAAUCAUGAUGUCUAUGCGAGGCGAUUCCGAGAACACGCCGCUUCAACUCAAGCUCAACAAACUUGCCGAAUUGAUUGCCAAACUUGGUUCUGCUGCUGGUCUCUUACUCUUCACUGCUCUCAUGAUCCGAUUCUUCGUUCAACUCAAGACCAACCCCGAUAGAUCCGCCAAUGACAAAGCGCAAUCAUUCAUUCAGAUUCUCAUCAUUGCGGUCACCUUGAUCGUUGUGGCUGUUCCUGAAGGUUUACCGCUUGCUGUCACCCUCGCACUUGCUUUUGCCACCAAGAGAAUGACCAAGCAGAAUCUUUUGGUCAGAGUCUUGGGCUCUUGCGAGACCAUGGCCAAUGCUACUGUUGUCUGUACGGAUAAAACUGGUACUCUCACGCAAAACGAAAUGACUGUUGUUGCUGGAUCUCUCGGUGUUCACGGUAAAUUCGUCAAGAACCUCUCCGAUAACGCUUCACGAUCCAAUGCGAAUGAUGUGGAGGGUGAACAAGUGCGGGAAGAUUUCGCUUUCGAGAUGGACGAGAUAAACAAUGUCGCUUCGUCCGAACUCACUACCCUACUUAAUGAGGCUAUCUGUAUCAAUUCUACUGCUUUCGAAGAUAGAGACGAAGAUGGAAAUCUCAGCUUUGUAGGAAGUAAGACCGAAACCGCUUUGCUGAAAUUUGCCAAAUCAGCUGGAUGGGCCGAUUGGAGGAAAACCAGAGAGGCUUAUCAGGUGAUUCAGAUGAUCCCCUUCAGUUCCGAAUUGAAAGCUAUGGGAGUAGUUGUCAAGAUCGGUGAUAAGUAUAGACUGUAUAUCAAAGGAGCUAGUGAAGUCUUGACUAAGAAAUGUGUCAAACACGUUGUGGUAUCGCAAGAUCAGUCGACCGACAUUGGACUGCAAACUGUCGAAUUCAAUGAAGACACCAUGAACAACAUCAUGAAGACUAUCAUCUUCUACGCCAACCAGAGUCUGAGAACAAUCGCUCUUUGUUAUAAAGAUUUCGAAUCAUGGCCACCAAAGGGCGCUACCCAAGUGAACGCUACAGACGAGGUGCCUUAUGAAUUCAUCGCCAAAGAUAUGACUUUGAUCGCCGUGACCGGUAUCGAAGAUCCCCUUAGACCUGGUGUCAGAGAAGCGGUGGAAAAAUGUCAAAGAGCUGGUGUGGCUGUCAAGAUGUGUACGGGUGAUAAUGUACUUACUGCACGAUCUAUUGCCAAUCAGUGUGGUAUAUUCACUCCUGGUGGUGUAAUCAUGGAAGGUCCUCUGUUUAGAAAGCUGUCCGAUGCUGAAAGACUUGAGGUCGUACCUCGACUUCAAAUCCUCGCUCGAUCUUCUCCCGAAGAUAAGAGACUUCUCGUACACACCCUCAAAGGUAUGGGAGAAGUAGUCGGUGUCACUGGUGAUGGUACGAAUGAUGGUCCUGCUCUCAAACUUGCUAAUGUCGGUUUUGCAAUGGGUAUCGCUGGUACGGAAGUUGCCAAGGAGGCUUCGGAUAUCAUCUUGAUGGACGACUCGUUCAAGAAUAUCGUACUUGCCAUUAUGUGGGGUCGAUGUGUAAACGAUUCAGUCAAGAAAUUCUUACAGUUCCAAAUCUCCGUCAACAUCACUGCUGUCGUCAUCACUUUCGUUUCAGCCGUUGCAUCAAGUGAAGAACAAUCUGUACUCACCGCUGUGCAGCUUCUUUGGGUCAACUUGAUCAUGGAUACCUUUGCCGCUCUCGCACUCGCUACCGAUCCCGCUACCGAGACAUCACUCGAUAGAAAACCAGAUAGAAAGAAUGCCCCUUUGAUCACCGUCGAAAUGUUCAAGAUGAUAUGUGUCCAAGCGCUUUAUCAGAUCAUCGUCUGUUUGAUCCUGCAUUUCCUCGGUUUGAGGAUUCUCGGCUUACCUCAUACGGAUCAAAACAACACUGAAUUGGGAGCUUUGGUAUUCAAUUGUUUCGUAUUCUGUCAAAUCUUCAAUCAACUUAAUUGUAGACGAUUAGAUAGGAGAUUGAAUGUUCUUGAGGGUUUCUUCAGGAACUACUACUUUAUCGUUAUUUUCCUCAUCAUGGUCGGUGGGCAAAUCUUGAUUAUCGAAGUCGGUGGAGCUGCUUUCCAAGUGACUCGACUUGGCGGACGAGAUUGGGCAAUUUCAUUGAUCAUCGGAGCCAUCUCCCUUCCUAUUGGUGCUGUCGUCCGAUUGUUACCCACUGGACCAUUCGAGAGGAUGCUCAUCAAAUUGAGAAUCUACAAUGAUCCAAACAAGUUACCGGUCGUCGCUCCUGAGGUCGAAGAUGAGAAAUACGAAUAUAACCCUGCUAUCAACAAGGUCAAGGAUAACUUGUCGACUUACGCUAAUAUCAGAGGAGGUAGAUUGAGAGCUAGUUCAAUCGUAGCUAAGAGUAGAUCAGCACAGUUGAAAGAGGCUGAUAUUCAAUUGCCUUCGUUAUUGACAAUGGUACCGACUCUAAUCGCUGGUACAGUUGGUGCCGGUGCACACUGGGUCCAUCAGACUGGUACAGCAUCCCUCUCCAACCCUGCUGGAGCCGAUCCAUCUAGGUCGACCGCUGAAUUAUUCCAGGGUAAAGUCCAAUUGCAUCCUCAGACCGAUAGGAACGAUCCUCUCUAUACCAAAUUCGGUAUAACGCCACCUUCACCUGCUGAAGCUGCUUCCAUCGCUGCUUCGGCACCUUCUACUAUGGGCAGGAGUCGUGGUAGAUCUCAGCAGAGGGAUUUGGAGAAAGGUGGUCAUGGCCAGAACGAUCAAGAGGUAUUGAGGGAAUAA